GGGGUGUGGAAUAAUGUCCCAGAUUCCCUGACUGGAAGCAAAAGCAAAGUGUGUGUCUCAUGCAGACUGAUUGUGUAGAGGGCAAAGUGUGUGUGUGUGUGUGUGUGUGUGUGUGUGUGUGUGUGUGUGUGUGUGUGUGUGUGUGUGUGUGUGUGUGUGUGUGUGAGAGAGAGAGAGAGAGAGAGACUUCAUGAGCACAAACAACAAAUGUGCUGAUGAUGGACGAUCACUUUUAUUCACCCUGGACUUUCUUCACUGGAAUUAUAUUUCCACAUUUCUUCCUCUGACCAUUGAUUGAAAACAAAAAAAGAAGAGGGUCACAUUUGUCACAUAGUUGUGAGCGUGGCACUGGAAGAUGUACGUGUACAAAGCCACCUGCCAGGACCUCCCCAACCCCAAGCAGAGGGGCCCCCGCAGGCCCAGCGGGCUCCAGGCUCAGCAGGGCCUCGGCCAGGGGAGGCUGGGGGGGCCCCGGACCCCCGGCUGCCCCCCCGUCAUGCUGUGGACCCCCAAGAGGAAGAAUGUGAAGGAGCUGAGACACCUGCAGGACUUUGUCAACUUUCACUCUUUGACUCUGCACGACUCCAUCAGGAGCCAGACAGGCAUGGUCUACAGAGGACAUAUCAUUCUUUGGAAACAUCCAGAAAGCCAGCAGGUGAGGAACAAGUGAGAGUGAGACAGGUGGAGUGGGAGCUGAAGAGACAGCAGUGAGAGUGGGAGGUGUGUGUGUGUGUGUGUGUGUGUGUGUGUGUGUGUGUGUGUGUGUGUGUGUGUGUGUGUGUCCUGCUGAGAACAAAACAAGGAGUGCAGGAAGACCAGCGGGCUAAAUAAGAGGACAGUGGGAGGCGGUCCAGUGGAACAAUGACAUCGCCUGAAGAUGAGGAGGAUGAUGAUGAAGAUGAGGAACAGAAGAAGAAGAAGAGAGAGAGAGAGAGAGAAAAGUGCUGAUGGCACAAAUCUCCUCUGCUUGUCACAGUGCAGCCGCACGCAGCAUCCCAAGCACCACUGCGCUGAAGACAAAGUCCCAGGAGGUUCUCCUGAUGGCCCGCCUUGACUUCAGUGGGCGGGAAGAGGCGAGAGGAGCGCACUGAAGCGACGUCCAUGGAGACGCGGCCAGCCGACUGCCCAGACGUCCCCCGCAGAAGUUGAACUCCAACACGCCAGACUUUACCCGCCGUCUCCUGGUCCUGGUCCUGGUCCUGGUCCUGGUCUGCCGCGGCGAGCCGCUCCAGCAUGCAGGUGUCCAUCGCCUGCACGGACCACAACCUGAAGAGGGGCAAUGGAGACCACGGCAAGCAGAGCGCCACCAGCCCCGGCGUGGUCAACCAGGCCAGGGCCAAGUUCCGCACGGUGGCCAUCAUCGCUCGCAGCUUCGGAUCCUUCACUCCCCGACACAUCUCACUCAAGGAGUCCACGGGGAAACACACCGGAAUGAAGUACAGGAACCUGGGCAAGUCCGGACUAAGAGUGUCGUGUCUCGGACUUGGUACGUGGGUUACAUUCGGAGGUCAGAUAACUGAUGAGGUAUGAAACAUUUUCCUUUUAUUUUUAUGCUAAUUUCAUGUUGAACAAUGACACUCAAUUAUUUAC